AUGAGUCGCUCGACACAAUUCUUCGAAAUGUGCUUCUAUGAGGGGUCGCAUGUAUCAUACAAACAACUCCUCCAUUUCGUCCUAGUAGGUUCUCAUCUUCAGAGUCGAGGGUCGGGGGAUUCCAUGCCUCCCGAGAAGGGAAUGGAAUGGCUAAAGCAUUGGCUAGGUUUGGCUAAUGCCAAGGAUGCUAGAAACAUGGUUCCCCUCUUGAGGGAGUUCCACGAUGUCGCCUCUCUAUUCAAGGUGGGUGCUGGAAAAUGGCCCCUAAAUGGGACGGGAAGUCAUUUUCACUAUUCAGAAAAUUUCCCUGAGUAUAAUGCGCAAGUCAAAUCUCUCAAAAUGAUAAGACCGAAAACUCUCUCUCUCUAUCUCAUUGUUCGGGUGAACAAUGAAAUCAAAAUUAAACGAGAGCUGUGA